UCAGGCUCUACCCAGCGGGUGGACUAAGAAAAACCGGCCCCUUCCGGUUACGUAUCCCGGCAAAAUGGCGGCGCCCAGGGCGUCCCUGCACCUGGUGGCCAGAGUAUGGAAUGGGGGUACCAGGGGCAUCCGUGGCCCGAGCAGGGUGCUGGCCCCGGAGGGCAAUCAGAAGGAGGGGAGGUCGCUGCUCCGGUUCCUGGCUGACCGCUUCCAUGACGUCGAGGUUCUCAGGGACUACCUGCUCCGAAAGCAGGUGAUGAAGGUGAACCAGAAAAAUCGGCCCUUCAUCUACAUCAAGCAGCGAUAUGGUCCCUACGUCGCAGGCGCCUAUUUCAUCCUGAAGCAGGGAGGUGCGGUCAGGUUUCAGGGCAAGGAGUGGAUCCGGCCAAAUCAGCGUGGCCACUUCUCUCUGGACUUCUUGAAGUUGCAGGCGGUGCCCGUAGAGGCAGUCGAUGCCAGUGGCUGCGCCAUCAACUACCAAGGCCUGGACAGCCUCUUGGCCCUGAAGGAGCUCCAGUCCCUGUGGCUGCAGCACUGUCCCCACGUGGAUGACUGGUGUCUCAGCCGCCUCCACCCGCUGGCCAGCUCGUUGCAGGAGCUCUCACUGGCCGGCUGUCCCCGCAUCUCUGAACGGGGCCUUGCCUGCCUCCACCACCUCUGGAACCUCCGCAGGCUGGACAUCUCGGACCUCCCUGCUGUGUCCAACCCGGGCCUCACUCGGAUCCUGGUGGAAGAGAUGCUUCCUAACUGCGAGGUCCUGGGGGCCGACUGGGCCCAGGGCCUCAAGUUGGGGCCUGAGGAGCAGUCUCGGGACCCGGCCAGCCCCAUGCCUGCCUAGCUCUCCGCCCGCCACGCUGAGGCUGGAUCUCAGCAGAGCCCUGUGGAUGGUGCCCCGUACUUCUGGCAUCCAGUACUCCUGGCAUCCAGUUGGUUCACUCGGCAUGGGGUCAGGGUGGGAUGAUGGUUGUGGCAACGUCAGGUCAGAGGGGAGAAGGGGAGGUUGGGGUACCUCUUCCCCACCCCAGGGGCUGUGACUGGCUGCAUCCUAGGCAGAAAGGUCACAGGCUUCUCUCCUGGGUUCCAAGAGUCACUUCCUCCUGCCUCUUCAGGCCUGGGGGGAGGGGAAGCAGCCCCAGGAGCUGUGUUCCCCCCCCCCCCCGUGGUUUCCCCAUACCCGCCCACUAGCAUGUACAGAGCUCUGCUCUUGCGUCCAGAGACUCUUCUCCAAGUAUCCUUGAGCAUGCUGCUGCUUCCUGCCGGGACCCUGGCUGACGCAGGGGCACUACUGGCACGGUACGGGGACAGUUCUUCCGUGUGUGACACUGCCCGGCUCCUUGCAGGCUACAGCAUCCCUGGCCUACACUCGCUGGAUGCCCACGGCACCCCAAGUCCCGCCGUGUCCCCGCUAAACUGACCUGGGCCUUUGAGAUCCCUCGCCUUUGCCAAGCAGCAGGAAGCGUCUGUCAGUAGAGGGCGCCCAAGAGAUUCCAGGAGGGAAGGCUUUUGCUUCCUGGUUCCUGACCCGUGUGCUGACUGCAGGGUGGGCUUCCUGGUUCCUGACCCGUGUGCUGACUGCAGGGUGGGCUCCCUGAGUGCCCAGCGGUCAGCAGCUUUGCCCGGGACCCCCACCCACCCAGGCGGCUUCAGAGCUGUGCCUCCACCGAGACGCCUCCCUGCCAAUGACUCCCCCCUACACCCCACCGGGGGAAUUUCCAGUAAAUGCCGAGGCACCUUACCGGCGAGUCCCCUGUUAUUUCAGUUUGCCGUUCAAGUUAGUAAUUCUUUACAUUAAACUUCACCUGCUCAGUGUA